AUGGCAGAGUCGAUCACCCAAGACUUCAGCCAGAUUGGUCUUGGGAAAGAAGAGCCGGCUGACGGCAAAAUGCCCAUCCCGAGGGCUGAGCUCGAAGUUACAAUUCAAGAGCUAGUGGCACGUGGCAACCAUCUCAAUGACGAGGUAGAGACCUAUAUCGCGGCAGUUCUUGAGAAGCAAAAGGUCGGGAAGGUCUACAAUCCAGUUGAGUUCUCCGCCUUCCCAGAGCGUACCUCAUAUGACCCUGGAGGUGUUCGCGGUGGGUUUGCUUUCACAUUGACAGUGUACAGCAUAGCGUAUGCCUCCAGGGGAGGUUCGUCUGAGAAGGGAUACCGAAAUCUUCGGAAUGACAUGCACAACGAGCUAGCCUUCCUGCAGAAGAUCGCGGGGUCGACUAUAGAUGAGGAAAAGGCCCGGCACUAUAUCGUUUCUUCGAAUCUCCUCUACUAUGAGGCACUAUGGGGCGCAGCAAAGCGCUCAAUGGGAAUCCAGAGCUUCCGCAAAUACUUCUUCUGGGACCGGCACAAAGCUCCAGCAGGCAAGUCUACAACAAAAGGAGUCAGCUUGGCGAAAGGAAGCCAAGCCAAGAACAAAACCUCUGCGCUCGUCGAUAUCGUCGCCGAAGAGGGUGCCGAGUGGAUACGAGUUUCAACCGUGUCGGAAAAGAGAAUUCUCUUCGAUCUUGCCAAGUUAGGUUGGGUGAACGACUCAGACUCCGAUGAUGAAGACAUGCCACCUCCCCCCGAAGAUGACGAUGACGAUGAAGAACAAAUCGACGUGGUACGAAAUGCCCGAGGUCUUGCAAGAGCUGCGCGCGCAAACCCUAUUCGCGGUCGACCGCCCAAGGUGCGUUUCGUCUUGACACGAAUCUCUGCUGGAAAAACACCAGCCAUCGAUAUGAUCAUCAACAAGAUACGCGCCACAGGUGCGAUAGUACAGUGUGGUGAAGACAUACCGCCCGCCCUUUCCAUAGACGCUGUUUUACCGCGCCUACUUAUCGAUCGAUCACGCGCUCUAAGCGAUACAUUGAACAUCGACUGCACUAUUCUACUCGCCCUCAUUUCCGAUAUCUCUCACAAGCCAUGUCCAAUACUGGAUUGGUAUCCAAAGGAAGUGCGCGCCCAGAUCGAAGAGGAGGCCCAAGAACACCUGCUACCAACACAUCUAUACCCUGCUAUUGGAGCACAUCCGAUGGUGUGCACGCGCGAAGCUGUCGAGCAGAUGAACUUGAUAGUGCAAACUCUGGCGACUGAUACAGAGAAGACAAGAGCGGAUCUAUUGCUUCGACAAGGUGGCUGCGAGUCGUGGUCGCCGAAAGAGCUCGUUGACGCAUGGGCCGCGCUCUCCGAUUACGAAGUACCCUCCAACUUCGCCCUUCCCAUAACCGUCAAAACUCCCAACGUCAGCACCAUCACCGACAACCUCCCCAGCGUCGCCACCGCCGUCGCCGCCGAACUCGGCCACCUCAACAAAUCCAUCUUCCUAUACGGCUGGUCCGAAAGCCUCACCACCCUGAGCGCCAACCGCGGUCGCGCAAAACAGAUCGAGCAUAUCAUCAACGAUCAUGGUCUCAAGGACGGUGAGGCCGGGCCGCAUAUCUGGCUGUGUGGUGAGUCAAGAAGCUUGAUUGCGAAACAUGGAAGGAGGAAGUAG